AUGCCUAUCCCAAAGUCCGCGGUCAUUGUUGGUGGAUCGGUCUCUGGUCUACUCCAGGGACUUCAGCUCAAACGCCAAGGGGUCGAUGUGGUUUUGCUAGAACAGGAUCCUUCAAGCGACCGUCACAGUCAUGAGUCAGGUCUAGCCAUAGGACCGGCCGUUCUCGAGAUGCUAGAAAAAUAUGAUGCGAAAGCAAGGCCAGCUACAAUUCCAGCCCCAAAUCUCAGCAUUGCAUGGCGACAUAGGCCUCGGGUUCUUAAUUACAACUGGAACCAAAGAAUGACGAAUUGGGCCUGUCUGUAUUUGAUUCUCCGUGCCAACUUUGACGGGAAGGUGUCCAAGACAAUGCCAGAACCACCGGUGCCGAAGGACACGGAUGGUACCGUGGAAUAUCGGGCGGGUAAGCGAGUCACAGGGGUUAAGUUCGUCGAAGAAAAAGAUAUUAUGGCGGUGAAUUACGUCGAUGUCACGAGCGGAGAGCAAGACUCUGUAAGCGCGGACGUUGUUAUUGGUGCGGAUGGCGUACAUUCCACGAUUCGGAAGGUCAUGCAGGUGCCGACACGAAAAGAAUACUCUGGUUAUAUUGCAUGGCGUGGAACUGUCCCAGAACGACUCCUAUCACAGAAAACAGUAGAGGAAUUUAUGAAUCGCCUCAGUAUUUGUGUCAUGAAAGGUACAUACAUGGUCAGCUAUCACAUUCCAUCGGAGACGGGUAACAUUGAGCCUGGGAAUCGCCUAGUAAACUGGGUCUGGUACUAUAUAGUCCCAGAAGGCUCCGAAGAAAUGAACACAAUUUUCACAGAUGUCAAUGGCAAGCUCCACCCCAAUACAGUCCCACAUGGAAAGAUCAAGCCGGAUAUUUGGUUGCAGCAUAUGACGCGGCAUAUAUCCCAGAUGACGCCGCAUCUAGCAGAAGUCGUGAUGAAGACCGAACGACCCUUUGUCACGAAGGUUUGGGAAGCGGAAGCGGCGGCUUCCACAUUUUAUGAUGGUCGACUAGUUCUUGUUGGUGAUGCUUUCACGGGCUUCCGAUCACAUAUGGGAAUGGCAUCGGAACAGGCCGCACGACAUUGUACUCAGAUGAAUCGAUUCUGGCAUGGCGAGAUCACUCAUAAGCAGAGGGAGCGCGAAGCAAGAGCUUACUCUAAACGAUUUCUGUUGCUGAAUCGAGCUAUUGGGUUCACUGGAUUGGGGAUGAUAUGGCAACUGUGUAAAUUGAGCCUGGAUUAUAUCGUGUUAACAUUGAAAGACCGGCUUGGAUUUCUUUAG